AUGGAGACCACUGAUACUGGAAAAACCGCACUGCACGUAGCUGCCUUUAAUGGCCAUUUGAAGAUUAUCAAAGUCCUUCUCAAUACGAAUAUUGAGCACAAUGCGAAGGACGCGGCAGGAAGAUCUGUACUUCAUGAUGCCGCUAAAGGCGGACAUUCUCAAAUAUUCCGAGAGCUCAUAGUUGCGGGGUUGAAUCUAUAUGAUAGAAACAACAAUGAUGAAGAUUCAUUGUGUGAAGCGUGCCGUAAAGGGCAUCGAGAUCUCGUACAAGAGAUACUCGAAACACAAGCACAGCUUAGUUCAAGCGAUGGCUCGCCAAUGGGUUCUACUCCGAGUGAAAGGUCAAGCAUCACACAAUCAUCAUCUGAUGAGUAUCAUGAUUGGGUAAAGACCGAACACUUGGCAUACGCCCUUGAAAAGGCUGCGGGUAUCGGAGAACAUCAGCUUGUUGUCUCAAUCCUCCAGCAAAAGGAUCAAUUAAGUCUGAGCGUCUGUUUUCGCGCACUUAAGCUUGCUGCUACACACAGAGACAUCCCCAUCAUGGACACAUUGUUUGAGGAGGUAAUCCGGCCUAAGAUUGAAGCUGACAUGGAGAUACUCCAGAUCCUGCUUCUACAGGCGAUUUCCAGUGGCAAUGAUUAUGUAGUUCGUUUUCUCAUUGGAAAGGGGGCAAAUCUAAAUCACCACUCUGGUAGAAAUCGGAUGACACCCCUAUACACGGCUUCUAGCUGUGGCAAAUUGCCAACCAUUACUACGUUACUUGAAGCGGGGGCUCAGGUGGACCUCCUCAGUUCCAAGGGUACAGCGCUGAUCAUGGCAACAAGCCGAGGAAACAAAGAAAUUGUGGCUUUAUUGGUUGAAGCUGGAGCUAACGUCAAUAUUUCCGUCGAUUAUCGAGGUACAGCGCUUCAAGAGGCUGCUAAGACAGGGGAUAAUGUAAUGAUUGACUUGCUGAUCGAAAAGGGAGCGGAGGUAAACGCUCCCGCUAAUAGUCAUUCUGAUACAGCACUUCAAGAGGCUGUUAAGAAAGGGAAUGAACGGAUUAUCACACAGUUGAUUCAACUCGGUGCUGAUCUCAACGCUCCAGGAGCCCCAGGACUACGCUGGAACCCUAAUCCUGGGGUUGCAAUCCAAGAAGCUGUGAAACAUGGAGAUCAAACAAUCUUAGAUAUGUUGCUACUAGCUGGAGCUGAUGAAGCUGUAAGAAAUGGCAAUGAGUAUAUGGUCAAAAAGUUGAUCGACCUCGGCGUUGAUAUCAAUGCCUCGGUUGCUCAUUCAACGGGAGACUCUUGGGAGCGCAACUAUAAUCCGCAAAUUGCAAUCCGGGAAGCUGUAAAGAAUGGUAACCAAACUAUCUUGAAUAUGCUCAUUCGAGCUGGCGCGAUCGACCCCAGGGAAGGUUGA